GUCAGAUCCGAAAGGAGCUCUGUUAAAUACCCAAACAGAAAAGCCAAAUCAUUACACCAAAAGUACUUUUCGUUGCAGAUACUUGAAGGAAUUUCGUGUUGAACAGUGCCCAUCGUUUUUGCAGCACAAAUGCAACCAACAUCGACCGUUCGUGUGCUUCAAUUGGCACUUCAUGAAUCAGCGACGCCGUCGGCCUGUGCGUAGACGGGACGGCUCGUUUAACUAUAGUGCGGAUAACUAUUGCACCAAAUAUGAUGAAACCACCGGAAUUUGUCCAGAUGGAGAUGAUUGCCCAUUCUUACACCGUACAGCUGGCGACACCGAAAGGCGGUAUCAUUUACGCUACUACAAAACGUGCAUGUGCGUACACGACACAGAUGCACGUGGAUACUGUGUGAAGAAUGGUCAUCAUUGCGCAUUUGCCCACGGGAUUCACGAUCAGCGUCCACCGGUUUAUGACAUCAAAGAACUAGAGGCUCUGCAAGCAGCCGAAGCUAGCGGAGAGUGUCUGAAUGGCCCUAACGUAUUGGACAAGGAGCGAAAUUUAAUGAAUGAAGAUCCAAAAUGGCAAGAUACCAACUAUGUUCUGGCAAACUAUAAGACAGAACCCUGCAAGCGACCUCCGCGCCUGUGUCGACAAGGAUACGCUUGCCCACAGUAUCACAAUAGUAAAGAUAAGAGGCGCAGUCCUAGGAAGUAUAAAUACAGAUCAACACCUUGCCCAAAUGUAAAGCAUGGUGAAGAAUGGGGCGAGCCGGCAAAUUGUGAAGCCGGAGACAAUUGUCAAUACUGUCAUACACGUACUGAGCAACAGUUCCAUCCGGAGAUUUACAAAUCAACAAAGUGCAAUGACGUACAACAAGCCGGAUAUUGCCCGCGGUCAGUGUUUUGUGCAUUUGCGCACGUUGAACCUUACGUGUUGGCAGAGGAAAUGGGUCGUGAUCUGGACAGCCAGGCCCUCGCACUUAGUGACAUGAUAUCGUCAGUUUUACCCCCCGAUAGUGGGGGAGGGGGUCUCGGCUGUCCACUAAGCAAAAAGGAUAAACACGAGCUAGCGGUGAGUGUACUAAGCUAUCUCGACGGAGGACGGCAGGAGAAUCUACCAUUUGAACUUGAACCGCAGAAUUUUCACUCGUUCUUCCAGCUGCUGCAGAACGGUAGCGCAGAAAGUAGUGAAUCCGCGAGCACUAGCAGUCUCGGCUCAAAUCAUAGCUCUCACAACAAAGCACCUGGAUCACAGCUACAACAAAAACAUAGUAAUAGUCUCAUAGGCGUUGCCAACUGCAAUGGUAGCGCUCAUAGUCAUGUCAACAACGGUAUCGGUAGCUUACAGUCUACGCUAUUCAACAACGGUGGUACCGCUGCUAGCUCACUACUAUCCAACAACUUUCCGGAAUUCACGCCGGAGCUGCGGGCACAGUUAUUGGCAAUUGACAACGAUCUCUCUAUGGGCCCACUGGAAAAAGAACAACGGAAACGCAUGUGUCUGACAUUCAAUUUUAGAAACAUAGCUUCCUCUUUGGAUGGUGGAUGUUAUGAUCUAACGCGGCGUGAUACCAUUCAUGGACUAGACAAUUCAAUUUCAGCUGGAAUAGCUUCCUCCGGCUUACUCGCGAGUAGCUCAGCACCGGUUAAUAUCCCGGGCUCUCCCAUGGGCAACUCUAUCUCCGGGCUUCUUCAAGGUACUUCUGCCCCUGUUAACAUCCCUGGCAGUUCACUAAGCAACAACUUUAGUCCAUCGUCACACUCUAACCUUUUUGGACUAAACGAUGCAAUGUUCGGAAAUAGCGCAACACAUCACAUUGGCAGCAGUUCUGCGCCGAAGCUUGCCACGUCGUUCGGUCACAGUGGUAACGAUAGUCUUUUCUUUCAGUCGCAUAUUAUUUCGCCCGUUUUGACUGGUGGCGACGGAGGUCUUUCAGCUAGUCCGGAACUUAGUCGAAUAUCGGAACUUAACUCGCUUAACAAUGAACUUAGCAACAAUAAUACGAACCUUCUGUUCGAUAAUCACAUGCAACAAGCGGCCGCAGCUGUUCAGCAACACCAACAGCAGCAACAUCAUGCAGCUGCAGCAGUGAUGGCAGCUGCAUCCAAGAACUCUAGUUCUAAUCAUCCAUACUCAAUGUCACCGCUGGUAGCAUCCGAUAUGGGUCGAUUACGGGAUGAACUUGCCAACAAAAAUGCACAAAUGAUCAACUGGGAGGAACAGGUUAUGCAAGCGACAAAUGCAUGUGAGGCGUGGAAAGCACAGAUGGAAGAGAGCAAUAGGAAGACGGUAAUAGCCGAGCAGCAACGCGACGAAGCAUUAUCACAUGUUAAGGCCCUUAAGGAAAAACUAGAGCAUUUGAAUAUAGGUGGAAAUUGCACGAACAACUACCGUACCAGUGACCUCAGGGGAAUGCCACUUCAAAAAUUGAAGAGUAUUCAAGCCAAAUUACGCACCGAAAUCGAAGAGGUGGAAAAAGUGUUAUACCUCGAAACGGCCACUAAAUGUAUGAAGUGCGAGGAAAAUAAUCGCUCUGUGACACUCGUUCCGUGCAAUCACUAUGUACUGUGCGAUUCAUGUGCAACAACACAACGCGAGUGUCCCUAUUGUCAAACGCCUGUAUCGUCACAGGCAUAAUAAACAACCGUGUCAAUCAACCUAUACACAAUCGCACCUCGAUAGUUACAAAUUUCAACAUAUGAUGCCACAUGUUUUACACAACUGCACACAUGCUACCCAUAGAUGCAAAGCUGCUGGUAUCAUUGCAUUCAACUGUCAAUCUACUACUGUGGCAUUUACUAUUACUACUAUUACAUCUGCUUGUACUACUCGAAGGAGAACCAGUAGACCAUCAUCAACGCAACGUUGAGUAGACUUUUUAAGUUUGGUUAAGUGAGGCAAACAAUUCCUCGAUUCGAUUGUACCCUAUGACUAACUAUCAAUAUUUUUUUAUUUAAUAUUUGUAUGUGGAUUCGUGGUAAAAAGUGAUAUUUAUAUGCGAGUGACAGCUAACAUCUGAAAGUGAGAGGCGAAAGUGAAGAAAGUUCACUAUAAAGAUACAUAAAGAUAAGUGCUGACGUGGAACAUGUAGCAAGUAGGGUUUCUUUACUAGUUUUUUUUUGUAUUUUUAGUAUGAACAUAUUACUAAAUUUCCGUUUUGCAAAUUGAUUCCUUUAGCAUUCGAAUGACGAAAGUCUGUAUAGCUGGAAUAAAUGAUCGAACUUAAUAGAUCAAAUAUUCAGAGCAGAAUCAGCACGUUUAGGCGCAGGGACAAUGGUUUUCCUUUAUUCUGAGAACAAAAGGAAAAGAAACUAUGUAUAUCGCUUAUAUUAUUAUAUUAAUUUUUCACAUAGGAAACAAUCUGUUUUGUACAAUGCGGAAUAGUAUUAUUCGAGCAAUUUUCGGCUGAAAAAAUCGAAAAAUUAUACUUUGCUACUAGAAUGCAUUUUUACUUCGUAUCGUAGGUAAUCUACGGUCACCAACAGUGAGUUAAGUGAGUUAGGAACGCAAAGACGAGACGAUUUAUACUGAAAUUUAAAGAUAUUUAUAACUUAUUUACGCGAUAUAAUUUAAUCUCUAGGAUAACCCAAUUUGUUUUGUUUAUUUGCCUUUACCUCCUACUAUUAAUAUUCUGUUUGCUAGCGUUUACAAACGUCGAAGGAAGAUUUAUCUGAAAACGAAUUGCAACGUAUUCGCAACGAAACACGCGCUAGAUAAAGUUCUUAUAUUCCUCAUUGUCUUUUCUUUAAACUAAGCAAGGUCUUUUUGCUUGAUUAGAAAAUAGAAAUACACAUUACAUUUUGUAAUAUUUUUGUUAGGUAGCAAACUAAAUUACAAAUAACGAGUUAGAUGAACGCGCCAGAAGAUAGUAUUGAUUCAAUUAUUUGUAUCAAUAGAUGGAUGAGAACAUAUACUCCACACAGUUAAGCGCGAUAAAACAACACAGCUGAAGAAGCUGAAGCCAGAGAAAGAGAGGAAACGUAAAGAAUGUGCAUAGUUUUAUUUUCUAAAGAAAAGCUACAGAAAUGAACAAAUAUGAUUUUAUAAUUAUAACCAUCACUGAAAAAAUACCUUUAUUUUCAUUUUUUAUCAUGCUUUCCCUUGUAUGUUUCGUUUGUUUUGAUAACUUUUCAUCCGGUCGUUUUCAUAUGCACCCUCAUUCUUGUUUACGACGAAUGCGAGAUUCGAAUGAAAAUGAUUCGUAUUCUCGUUUACGAUAGAAAAAUUAAAUGGACUUACUAUUCAUUCGAACCGCUUUCAAACGAAUUUCGCAUUCCUCGUAAUCAAGAAGAAGAAUGGUGAUUUUCAAGCUUAGAUGGAGUUACUUGUAUGGACCUACAUUCACGAGUUUUCCAGACUUUAUGCUUUAAGGGGUUAAACAACUGUAGAAAGACCAUAUUGUUGCACUCCUAAAACUGAUGCGAUAAAUAAUGGAAAUUGGCAAAGAUUUAAGUCUACCGCGAUGCUACUUAGCGAAAAUUUUAAACGAUGCCUGAGCUCGAAUUUUAAACGUGCUUUUCUUGAAACCAACUAUUUUGGUUAAUUUUCUAGUUAACCGGAAAUGUACUCGAAUGAACUUCUGUUUUGUCAUUUAGACAGGAUACCCGGGUACCUUUUCAAAUUUCAAUCCAUGAAAUUUCGGUGUUCUUCCCCAAGCAAGUAAGGGACCAUUCGUAACGCAAAAAUUGUCCACAAUCGACUCCCCCCAUGUAACAAAUUGCCAAACUUUGUUUUCCCCCUCCCCUAUUACGUAACAAAUUUUUGGAAUUUUAUUUGUUCAGUAAAAACAUGGUACGUAACGUUCUACCUUACUUCCCCUCCCCCAUAUGUCACAAUUUGUCGUACACCAUACCCCCCUAAAAGCGUUUCGUAAUUAAUGAAUGGUCCCUAAUUGGUAUUUAGUGACAUCUUAGAACAUCGCCAAGCAUAGCAGUUGGGAGAAUAAAAGUGAUGAUUCGGAAGACGGGGGCCUAAUGAUAGGCUUAUUGAUUUUUUCCCACUGAUAGGGUGCCAGGGAAC